GCACUGACUGCAUUCAGAGAGGGAACCUGCAAACAAAACUUCACAGAAAACUUUUUGUUCUUGUUCCAGAGAAUUUGCUGAAGAGGAGAAGGAAAAAAACAAACAAACAAACAAACAAACCUGUGCGAGAGGGGGGAGGAAAAGCAGGGCCUUUUAAAAAGGCAAUCACAACAACUUUUGCUGCCAGGAUGCCCUUGCUUUGGCUGAGAGGAUUUUUGUUGGCGAGUUGCUGGAUUAUAGUGAGGAGUUCCCCCACCCCAGGAUCCGAGGGGCAGAGUGCAGCCUCCGACUGCCCGUCCUGUGCACUGGCCACCCUCCCAAAGGAUGUACCCAACUCUCAGCCGGAGAUGGUGGAGGCCGUCAAGAAGCACAUUUUAAACAUGCUGCACUUGAAGAAGAGACCCGAUGUCACCCAGCCUGUGCCCAAGGCGGCGCUUCUGAACGCUAUCCGAAAGCUCCAUGUGGGCAAAGUGGGGGAGAACGGGUAUGUGGAGAUAGAGGAUGACAUCGGAAGGAGGGCAGAAAUGAAUGAACUUAUGGAGCAGACCUCGGAGAUCAUCACGUUCGCGGAAUCAGGCACAGCCAGGAAGACGCUGCACUUUGAGAUUUCCAAAGAAGGCAGUGACCUGUCGGUGGUGGAGCGUGCGGAAGUCUGGCUCUUCCUAAAAGUCCCCAAGGCCAACAGGACCAGGUCCAAAGUCACCAUCUGUCUCUUUCAGCAGCAGAAGCACCCACAGGGCAGCUUGGACACAAGGGAAGAGGCCGAGGAAGCGGGCUUAAUGGAGGAGAGGAGCGAACUGUUGAUAUCGGAAAAGGUGGUGGACGCUCGGAAGAGCACCUGGCACAUCUUCCCUGUCUCCAGCAGCAUCCAGCGGUUGCUAGACCAGGGCAAGAGCUCCCUGGAUAUUAGGAUUGCCUGUGAUCAGUGCCACGAGACUGGCGCCAGCCUGGUGCUCCUGGGCAAGAAGAAGAAGAAGGAAGAGGAGGGGGAAGGGAAGAAGAAGGAUGGAGGGGAAGGAGGGUCAGGAGUUGACGAGGACAAGGAGCAGUCCCACAGACCUUUCCUCAUGCUGCAGGCCCGGCAGUCUGAAGACCACCCUCAUCGCCGCCGCCGGCGGGGCUUGGAGUGUGACGGCAAGGUCAACAUCUGCUGUAAGAAACAGUUCUUUGUGAGUUUCAAGGACAUUGGCUGGAAUGACUGGAUCAUCGCUCCUUCUGGCUAUCACGCCAACUACUGCGAGGGUGAGUGCCCAAGCCAUAUAGCAGGCACUUCGGGAUCAUCGCUCUCCUUUCACUCGACGGUCAUCAACCAGUACCGCCUGCGGGGUCAUAAUCCCUUCGCCAACCUCAAAUCGUGCUGUGUGCCCACCAAGCUGAGACCCAUGUCUAUGUUGUACUAUGAUGAUGGGCAAAACAUCAUCAAAAAGGACAUUCAGAACAUGAUAGUGGAGGAGUGUGGGUGCUCAUAGAGUGCCCAGCCCGGGGGGGACGGGAACAAGAGUUGUCCGGAGAAGACAAUGGCAAAAUGAAGAAAUUUUUAAGAUUUCUGAGUUAAGCAAUCAGAAAAAAUAUAAAUUAAAAAAAUAAAUAAACUAGAAACAAAACCUGAAACAGAUGAAGGAAGAUGUGGAAAAAUUCCUUAGCCGGGGCUCAGAGAUGAAGCCGUAAAGGAGAUAGGAACUGGGAGGGAAAGGGGGAACGGUGUGCCCUUCAUUUCUUCCGGCAUCAAAGUGAUGACAUCGGUUGCUUAAAUGGGAGUAUUGUCCUCUCCUUUUCAGUUCCCUUUCAGUGUGAGCCUCGAAGUCAACUUGUCUAGUCUGCAGUAAUGUGGACUAGCACAACCCAAAUAGCGUCUAGAAAGCCAUGAGUUUGAAAGGGCCGGUUACAGGCUCUUUCCCAGCCAGCUACCCAGGUCGUAAGGGAUGUCUGUGUGACCCUCUCUCUGUGUAUAUCAACCCGUGGACACGCACACAGACACACACACAGACACACUGCACACACAGACACACACACAGGUACACCACACAGGCAUUUCCACACAGCACAUACAUACGCAUACUGGUAAAAGAACACUAGUGUGCAGGUGGUCACACUUUCUUUUUCUGUAGCACUCUCGCAACAAAACAAAACAAAACAAAAACCAACAUAGAAAAAUUGAGAACAAGAAUGGGAAGAGUGAAAGAUCAAGGAAAAAAGAAUACCAAGUUACAUUUCGUUAAGGUGCUUAUGAUCUUAGAACUAUGCAACCUAAUAGGUUUGAAACUGUUUACCUGAGAGAGAACAAAAAGAGAGACUUUUUUGUAUUGGAAGUAACCUGAUUAAUUUUUAUUUUCUUCAAGGAGAGAUACUUGAAAGGAAUAUGUUUGUCCAUCUGUUGGAUCCAAACAUUUCUAUAUUUUGUAAAUGUUUUUUUUUUUUUUUUAUCGUUUACUAUUUGCACUACAA